UAUACGCUUCUACCCUACCCCAUUCAGACAAUCACACCUCUUACAUUUUUUGGAGCGAAUAAAAGUCCUCUUCCCGCUUCGCAUAAACCCCAUAAACAAACGAGGAGGGUUUAUGCAAAAGCAAGAUUCUUUUCUCACUGUCCAACGCCAUGACGACGAGGCUCCUUAGAACGAUCUUCAUCGCCCACAAGCUCCACCUCCGCAACCCCAAAUGUAUUUUCCCACCUCUCCUUUCCCGCCACUCCUCCACGGCCACAAAUUCCUCCGAGGCCCGCGAACCAGCAAAGGAAACCACCACCACCACCACCACCACCAGUUGGAGCAUGUACGGAAACGUCUACGACCGCCCAAUUGCGCAGCGCGAGCUAAACGACCACAGCGACGGAGACGAAAACCCUAGCAGCGGGAGAGCAGCAAAGAGUGUAGCAGUAGUGACGAAGAUAAAGGGAAAGGGGAAGGUGAAAACUCAGUGGGUGUGCUGCAGUUGCGGCCACUCAACAGGAAAAUGGUGGGGGCAAUGCCCCGAAUGCGAAAUGGUUGGCACAAUGAACGAGUUUCAUGAGAGCAAAUUGACUGACAGCAAGUCCAGAGGUGGGUUAGAAGUUUCCGAGGAUGCAGUGGGCUUGUGGCUCCCGCAACGACCCGAAGACUUGCGCCCCGUCAAAUUGGAAGAGGUGAACCGUGGAUUCAAUUACCAGCAAUGGAGAAUACCUUUGUCUGGUUCUUUUGGAAAUGAAGUUUCUACAGUGCUUGGUGGAGGUCUUGUACCAGGUUCUUUAACUUUAGUUGGUGGUGAUCCUGGUAUUGGGAAAAGUACACUGCUGUUGCAGAUUGCAGCAAUGAUAGCAAAUGAAUGCAGUGACUAUGAAGGACCUCCAGUUGUAUAUGUCUCUGGUGAAGAGAGCCUUCAGCAAAUUGGUAUUAGAGCAGAUCGCCUUGGGAUUAAGUCCAAUAUUUAUUUAUAUUCAAGUACUGAUAUAGAGGACAUAUUGACGAAGACUCAUGGUCUAUCCCCUCGUGCUCUGGUGGUUGAUUCAAUACAAACUGUUUACCUGAAAACUAUAAUAGGAAGUGCUGGAGGGAUUAUGCAGGUGAAGGAAUGUACUGCAGCUUUGAUGCGAUUUGCAAAAACAACUAACAUCUCAGUUUUUUUGAUUGGACAUGUGACUAAGUCUGGAGACAUAGCAGGACCUCGUGUCUUGGAGCAUAUUGUUGAUGUUGUUUUAUAUAUGGAAGGCGAGAAGUACUCUCCAUAUCGAAUGCUUCGAGCUGUGAAAAAUCGGUUUGGAUCCACUGAUGAGCUUGCAGUUCUUGAGAUGUCGCAGUCAGGACUCCAGGUUGUUUCAAAUGCCAGUGAAAUGUUUCUCACUCAACAACACUCCGAUUCAAAUGUUUUAGCUGGGCUUGCUAUUGCUGUAAUAAUGGAUGGUUCAAGAACUUUUUUAAUUGAAAUUCAGGCACUUUGCCUUACACAUUGCCCAGUUUCGAGUUCACUAUCUAAUGGGAUCAAUGCCAACAAAGCUAAUAUUAUUAAAUGUGUACUUAUAAAGCAAACAGGCCUCCAUCUUCAAGAUAAUGCCGUGUUUUUGAAUGUUGUUAGUGGAAUGACAGUGACAGAGACUGCUGGAGAUCUUGCAAUAGCAGCUGCAAUUUGCAGCAGUUUCUUGGAGUUCCCAAUUCCAGAGGGGACUGCAUUCAUUGGUGAAAUUGGCCUUGGUGGAGAGCUUCGCAUGGUUCCUAGAAUUGAAAAAAGGGUUAACACAUUGGUGAAGUUGGGUUACAGAAUGUGUGUAGUACCAAAGCAGGCUGAAAAACUUUUAGAAACCGAAGGUCUAGGAAAGAUGAAAGUUGUAGGUUGCAAGGAUCUGAAAGAGGUUAUUAACGCUGUAUUCAGUAGAAAUAAUUAAGAGAUGCUAGUGAUAUUAAGCAGAUCUCACUUUUGAUAUUUAAGAUGUAAUUCAAAAGUUUGUAAAUAUAGAUGUUACUCAUUGUGGCUUAAAUACUGCAAAAGAUGUACUAGAUUUGGUUUUGUCCAACGUCAAUGAUCAAUCAGUUGAUCUUACGUUAAUUAAAUUUGAUCAUUUAACUUGAUCACCACAUUUUAAAGGCA